CUUCCUGGGGGCGGAGAGGACUUCGGCGGCUGCGGCGACACCCGUGCAGGCGGCGGCGCCCGGGUCCCGAGAACCCCGGGCGGCUUCCCUCAGAGUCCUCCGGCGCGCCCGGCUCGCUCUGAGCGUGCGCCCUCGCUCCCCAGCGGAUCCGGAGCCGCUCCGCCGCCAGCUGCGCUCAGCCCCGCCUCCGUCGCCAGAGACCCGCGCCGAAGCCAGGCCCUGCCGGGCCUCCGACUGGCCCCCGGCGCCGUGCGCGGACUCGCCCGCGGCGACAGCCAUCGACCCGAGAACUCGGAGGCUGGGUCCUUCCGAGGGUCGGCCUGUGCUCGCCACCGUCACCUGCUGGCUGGACUCCGAAACCCGCUGUCUGAAGACCGCACAACAGACUUGCUGACCCACCGCCCUGCAUCGAAUGCGUCUGGGCCGAAAGCUCCCUUCCCUCUCUGGCUUCUGUUCUUUUCGGCCGGCCGGCGUGUCUGUGCCCGGAAACCAUCCCCCACUACCAACGUAGCUGGGGUGAGCCCUAAAUCUUCCUGCCUUGUGUUCCGACCUGUGCAUCCAACCCCGAGAGAGUCUGAACGAACCUUAGGACCCAGUUCUGCCCACGCCCGCGGAGUGUGCGUUUUCUUCUCUGUCGGUGUCUCCUGUACUCCCCAAAAUUUCGCCUCCUCCUGUGCCCUCUUCGCCCCCCUCUUUUGGGGGCCCUGUGACCCUGAAUGUGGGGGGCACACUCUAUUCCACCACUUUGGAGACCCUGACUCGCUUCCCAGACUCCAUGCUGGGGGCCAUGUUUAGGGCGGGCACCCCCAUCCCCCCCAACCUCAACCCCCAGGGAGGUGGCCACUACUUCAUCGACAGAGAUGGCAAGGCCUUCCGGCACAUCCUCAAUUUCCUGCGGCUGGGCCGCCUGGACCUGCCCCGUGGCUACGGGGAGACGGCCCUGCUCAGGGCAGAGGCGGACUUCUACCAGAUCCAGCCCCUCCUGGAUGCCCUGCGGGAACUGGAGGCCUCUCGGGGGACCCCCGUGCCCACAGCUGCCCUGCUCCAUGCAGAUGUAGACGCCAGCCCCCGCCUGGUGCACUUCUCCGCUCGCCGGGGCCCACACCACUAUGAGCUGAGCUCUGUUCAGGUGGAUACGUUCCGAGCCAACAUCUUCUGCACCGACCCCGAGUGCCUGGGCGCCAUGCGGGCCCGAUUUGGUGUGGCCAGUGAGGACAGGGCAGAGGGAGGCCCUCACUUUCGUCUGGAGUGGGCCCCCUGUCCCGCAGAGCUCCCUGAGGUGGAGUAUAGGAGACUGGGGCUACAGCCUCUGUGGACUGGGGGGCCGGGGGAGCUGCGGGAGGUGGUGGGCACGCCGGGCUUCCUGGAGGAGGUGCUGCGGGUGGCUCUGGAGCACGGCUUCCGUCUAGACUCCGUCUUCCCUGACCCCGAGGACCUGCUCAACUCCCGAUCUCUGCGCUUCGUGAGGCACUGAAAACGCGGCCCUCCCGUCUGCCUGGGAGGGGGAGAGAACGGACAGCAAAGAGAAUGAGAGACUCCCCCCCCGCCACCACCACCUCCGAAGUCUCUUCUUAGCUCUGCCUCUGGAGCUGUGAGGGUCAGGGCUGCACCUUGACCGGAGCCCAGAUGUGGGCAGGAGCUCCCGAACCUGAGCCGUGCAAAGGGUCUGGCUUGGUGCUAAUCCUGGGAGGGGCGGGGAAGAUCCCCUGGCUUGCUCUUGCCCGAGGCUGGGGGCCUGCAGUGUCUCCCCGUUGGAGCUCAGUAUUUCAAGGGUCUAGAGAAAUAGGGACACCUCUCUGCCCAGGCUGGGCCUCGCAGAACCCUGGGGGGGGACACCGAAGUGUGGGAGAAAGGAGGACUUUGAACUGCUCUGAUGUGGUCUCCUGGACCGUGGCUUCUCCUGCGGCUGGAUGGCCUGGCCAGGCCUGACCGAAGACAGACCAGAACAUUCUGGAAUAUGGGAAGGGGGAUCCUUUGCUCUGUCUCAAGUCACCUCCUGAGGGAGACAGAAGGGCCACACCCCACCCCACGGUGGCCUAAGGGAGCUAGGAGAAUCCCCAUUUACUAUGGGGCUGGAGCCCCACAUUCUAGAAAGCCAAGUUUUUAAAGGACCCUCCAUUGUUGGUGGAGCUGGCCUUUGGGAAGAGGGUGGCAUCUUCUUGGGCCUUGGCCUUACUGCCUUCAUGUGUGCACGCGUGUCAGCCAGAGCGUCUGAGUGACGUCUGGGCCUCUCACAUCCAGGCUCCCGUCCGUGUGACAGUCUCUCCGUGGUCUCUGCCUGGGCAGGCCUGUUUGGGGUUGCCCAGCAACUGCUUUGGCGCUGGGUAUGUCUGCCGUAUGGGUGUGAGUAGAUUGAGAAUUAGUAGUUGAAUCACGAGGGGGGGUGUGUGUGUGUGUGCGUGCACACAUGUGUGUUCGCCUCCCUGCGUAGGCACGAGGGGCCUGUGGAGGCCUGGGUCGCCAGGGGCUUCCUGGCGAAAGGUAAGAGAAGUCACUGGGCCCCGCCGGCCCUUGGAGGCCUGUGUAGAACUCUUGGUUGCUAAGGUAACCGUGGGCCUGUUGCUAGGAGAGAGCUGGGAAGGCCCAAGGCGGCCCAGGGCAGAGGGGAGAUG